AUGGAGCUAGUUCGGGCGCUUCAGUUAUUAAAACUAAACUCUGUUCCUACCGCUUGGGUGGACACGGUGUGGGACUGUGAGUUCACAGAUGUCGAGCCUCUUGACUCUGCCAUUUUAGAGGACAUUAAAGAAGAUACAGAGGUUUUUAAGAAAGUGCACAAGCAGCUGCUGCUGUUCUCCAACGAUGAGAAACUCACUCAGAGCGUGUGGAACGUGUUUGGAGAAAAUGACGUCUCGGUCAGGUCACUGAUGGCUUUGCUGGCCUCCUUCAUCCUCGGUGCAAAAACCAAAUCCCCCAGUGUGGAGCAGAGACGCCACAGUCUGCAGGCAGCUUCUCUUUAUCUGCUGCUCCUCAAAAUCCCAGGCAGCAUUGCCAACAAAGUGUUUCAUCAGAUCUUGUUUGAUACAUGCUUGGACGUGGUGCUGAAGUGCUGGCCCCAGAGCUCAGGCAAGAAACGCAAGAAAGAUUUUCUCAAGAGCUCGCAGGGCGAUGCCAAGAGUGGCAAACGAUCCAAGCCUCCCAAGAAGGUCCCAGAUGAGAUGGACAUCGAUGAGGAGGAGGAGGAGGAGGUGUACUUCUCGGCUCAGGAUCUGCUAAAAAUACGAGAGGACGUGAUCAGCCUGAUGCAGUCACUGCUCGGACUGCUGGAGAAGUUUUCGCUCAAGGGCAAACCGCAGACCGUCGACAGCUGCGUCCGGUUGUUCACCGAACUCGCCAACUUGGAGCCAGUUGUUGGAGAGCUGACGUUUACAGAGAAGCGUGAUGCGGAUCAGCUACAGAGCCUUCCGGAGCUGGCCUAUUAUGGUCUUGGACUGCUCUGCUUCUCUAAUCACGGGGAAGGAAAUGAGUGCCGUCGACGUGUCUUCCACAAACUGCUGUACGUGAUUCUGAUGAUGAGGAUGGAGGGAAGCAAGUCGCGCCUGCUGGUGCCAUCACAGGCCGUGUGCAAUGCCAGAGACCAGGCCGUCCGCUUCAUCAGUCAGAUCGUGACGGAGCAGGCUGAAGUCACUUUGCCGCUGCUCAGUAUCCUGUUACAGCACAUCUGUCACCAGAUGGUGGAAAAGGCAGAAUACCGUGCCAGUGGAUCUCAGGCUAUCGGGAAGCUUGUGUCUAAGGUUCCGUGUCAGGAAUAUGCUGCCUUUGUGAAGUGGCUGCAUAACUAUUCCUUGAACUCCAGGGUUGCCUUUCGCAUGUUCGCGCUGGACGUGGCCAUGGCGCUGCUGGCGCAGGAGGAGCGUGAGGUCGAAGAAACCCUGGACCCAGAGCUGGAUGGCUACGUCUCGCAUCGUUUCCUGGUGCGCUGUAUCGUCUACGGACGCCGAUCUGACGUCUCGCCGACCGUGCGAGCACAUUCCAUGCACUGUCUGGCUCAGUGCCUGGAGCUGCCCGGCCAUAACGCCUCCAAGUGGAUUCAUGAGCUCUUCUUAUCCUCUUCCUCAUCCUCCAACACUGACGCACAGACUCUGAUGGAUACUGGCCGCUCAGAACAGACUCUGAAAAGACGAGACACGGUUCAGAAAACCGCCCUGACGUUCCGCACCAUCGAACUGAGCAAACACAAGAGCCUGGCAGCUGCCAGCCGCCGCAGUGCAGAUGGCAUGAGCGCCGAUGCCACCGCCACAGAGUAUCAGGAAACUUUGGAGCUGUUCAAGCAGCGUGUGAGCGACCCCAAAAGCAACGUCAGGAAGUGUGCGCUCGAGACGAUAACAAGUCUGUUGAAGCAUGGAGUGAUCUUCUGCAGUCUGGAGAACCUGUCCAUUCUUUCAGAGCGCAGUAGAGACCCGGCCGUGUCUGUCAGGAAGAAAGCGCUGCAGUGUCUUAUGGACCUUCUUGCUGCUUUACCUGACCAAACAGAUGUGCAAGAAGCAUGGCUGAGGGGUGUGGUCCCUGCUGUGAUGGACCAAGAAACUUCAGUACAGGAAAAAGCUUUAGAAUGUCUCAACGACAAAAUCAUUUCUCAGAUUAAGAGCCAGGGCAGUUACCGAGACAACGACAUCUCUCAGAGACUGGCCUGGGACCUGCUGGCACUGCUGAGUAAUAAGUGUCAGGACCUCAAGCGCUACUUCAGUAAGGCGAUUAGCAUAUGGUUGAGGCAGCAGAAGUUUUCGGCUGCGUGGGUGAACAGUCUGAUCUGGCACACUGAGCGUGAGCGAGCCGCGUGCGCAUGGUUCCUUCUGGCCAAGGUGGCCAGCAACAACACUAAGUUCAAUUUAGCCUCCGUUGUGGAGGCCUGGGAUCAUACUGUCAGGUCUCCAGUGGUUGAUGUUGCUACAACCUGUCACAUCAUCACUGUGAUCAGCCACGUUUCAGUGAGUCUCAAUGAAGACACCAAAAGCAGGAUCGUUGAUGAUCUCAUGGCCUGGCUAAAGGGUUUCACUCUACCUCUGGAAGUGACCAACGCAUGUGUGGAUGCCCUCUUCAGAUUUGGCCGGUCAGAGAACGUCAAGGACACCAUGAGCUUCCUGGACCAGUACUGUGGAGAGUUGGUGUCCGUGUGUGAGAGCUACCUGUCCAGUGUCCUCUUAAAAGAAGAGGGAGUGGCGAACCUCAACGAGGACCUGCUGAUAAAGCACCUGUACACUCUGGGAGCGGCCUCUCUACACUGCCCCGCCAAAGUGAAGAAGAGGGUCUUUCUGCUCGUUCAGGCCAUCCUCACUCCAUCCGAGCAGCCUGAUGGAGAAUUGCCUGCAAGUCAGCCUCUGUCUCAGUUCAAACCCUCCUCGAUGCCCACCGUGGUGCGAGCUCACGCGGUCGUCACGUUAGGGAAACUGUGUCUUCAGCAUGAGGAUCUGAUGUUGUGCUACAUGCCGGCGUUUGUGAGGGAGCUGGAGGUCGGCACGGAGGUGGCAGUACGCAAUAACGUGGUGGUGGUGCUGUGUGAUCUGUGCGUGCGCUACCCAAACACUUUGAGCCACUACAUCAGCAACAUCUCGGCCUGCCUCGGGGAUUCGUAUCCGAUUAUUAGAAAGCAGAGCCUCAUCAUGCUCACCAACCUGCUGCGGGAGGAGUUCAUUAAAUGGAAAGGCUCUUUGUUCUUUCGGUUUGCUGCUGUCCUGGUGGACCCAGACCCGGCAAUUGCAGAUCUGUGUGAGUACUGCCUGGUGGACCUGCUGCAGAAGAGGAACCCUCUUAUGUUCUUUCAGCACUUUAUCGAGUGCAUCUUCCACUUCAACUCCUACGAGAAGCACAAGAAGUACAACAGGUUCCCACAGACGGACAGUGAGAAGAAGAGGUUUUCUUUGAAAGGACUUAUAAAUCAAGGCAAGCGCUUCAGGAUCUACAGGUUCCUUCUAAAAAACUUAACAGAUGAGCAGCGUUUUAAAAUCACCACCAGAAUCUGCCAGGAUGUACUGACGUGCUUUGUGGAAUCCGAGCUGCCGCUGGAUUCGGAGGGGGCAGAGCUCCUGGCUGACGUGUUUGAUGUUCUCUCGCUGAAGGAAAUCAAGCUGGUAGCCAUGAGCGGGCCGGCUGCCAACAGUGACAUUCCUGAUGAUGAGAUGGCCGUGAAAACUGCUCUGCAGAAGAAGCUUGUAUCACAGGUGCAGAAAAAGAACUUUGUGGAGAACGUGAUCCCCAUAAUCAUCGCUCUGAAGAACCUUCUGGAGGAACAGCGCUCGCCUGUGCUCAAGCACCUCAUGUCCUACUUGCAGGUGACCAUGCAGGACUACCGCUCGGAGGUGAAGGAGCUGUUUGCUGCAGACGAGCAGCUGGCCGCAGAAGUGGAGCACGAACUGAAGAUGUUCGAGAAACGGAAAGAGCAGGAACAGGAGUUAGAACAGCAGCUCAGCGACUUCUCCCUGUCCCCCAGAUCGAAAGGUAAUGCUGCUGCUUCUUCAGCUGCAGGGGGCAAAGCUUCAGGUGGCUUUUCCACACCUGUUCCUGCUGGUUCUGCUCGGAGACCCUCACAAACUCCCAAAUCUGCAGAUGCGCUCAGACGGCGUACAUUUGCAGGUAUGCAGACCCCUGUGGGAUCGAGAGCUUCUCGGACUGUAAUGUCUUUAGGACCGUCAGAGAUAUAUGAUAGACGAGCUAUCAGCACACCACAGGAGAGCAUGAAUGAAGUUACAUUUGGAGAGCAGUUGAGUGCCAUCUGCUUUGAUGGAGCAGGAAGGGGUGAUCGAGACAGAGAUGAAAGUAUUGUUCAUCUGAUGUCACCUGAGCGUCAAGCUCCAGCUCCCAGACAGUGGAACGUGGAGUCUCCUGCUGUGAGGAAAACGAGAGGCAAGAAAAGGCAGGACUGAACAGUCGUUCGUUGUUGAAAUCACAUUAUAUGAUUGCUUUUUAAUAACCUUUCCUGCUCACUGUGUGCGACUGUAUCUGUGUUUCUCUGUCCUUUUCUAGAAUAAUUUGACUAUUACUAUCUGUAAAUAAGCACUCAUAAUAAAAAUGAAAUAUUUUUACAUGCUGAAGAAAAGC